UCUUUGAAGAGUUUUUAUUCAUGGAAAGUGAAAGAGAGGACAACAACAACGGCACUGAUUCAACACACGCUGCCAUCUCUAGCACACUUAAAAUUAAGAUUGUGAGCUGCAGCAAAAGUGGGGAGAGUUUAGACAACUCAAACUUACCUUCACCAAACAUAAACAAUGGCAUAGAGUCAUCACCAUAUGGUUCUCCUCUUGUGUCACCACCUUCAUCUGCAUUUGUUUCUGCAUUGCAGUCUCCAUAUAUAUCUCCAAGGGCCAUUAUACCAGACCCACCUAACGGAUCUCCUUUGGAAAACCAACCACCACUACUAACAAUAACCACUUCCACCACCAACCCUUCCACCCCUGAAGAUGUGCCAAGCAGUUCCUACACUCCCCCUUCUGAUCAAUAUGAGUUCUCUGACGACACUGCUGACACAAGGCUCAAGUAUGUGACAUGUGUUCCUGAACCGGCUCCUCCACGCAUUUCAUUCUCAUUUCCAGUCCCUAGAAUUUCCUUUGCAAAAGGUCCUAUCUCACCUGCUACCAAUGCCAAACUCAGAAGCUGUGAUGUCUAUAUUGGAUUCCAUGGCCAGAACCCCAACUUGGUGCGCUUCUGCAGGUGGCUUAAGUCUGAGCUUGAGCUUCAAGGGAUCGAUUGCAUGCUUGCUGAUAGAGCAAAGUACUCAGACAGUCAGAGUCAUGAGAUUGCUGAUGGAGUCAUUUGCUCAGUGGCUUUUGGAGUGGUGGUUGUCACAAGUUCCAGCUUCCUCAACCAUUUUAGCAUGGAGGAGGUGAGAUUCUUUGCUCAAAAGAAGAACUUGAUUCCCGUCUUGUUUGACACUGGACCUGCAGAGAUUAUGGCUCUUCUUAACUGCAAAUCAAUUGACAAAGAAUGUAAGGAGGCAAUAGAUGGACUUAUGAAGUGCAAUGAAUUCAAUAUAGAGGCCAAUGAUGGUAAUUGGCGAAGCUGCAUAGCGAAAGCUGCGGGUAUUUUAAGAGCAAGACUUGGUAGGAAGAAUGCUGAGCAGAAGGAUAAUGUACAAGGACAUGAGAACUUACCCUUUCCAAGGAACACAUACUUUGUAGGAAGAGAAAAGGAGAUUAUGGAGAUUGAGGGUCUUUUUUUCGGUCGAGGGAAUUGCAUGGAACAAGUACAAGAUCAUUGUAGGGUAUUCACCAAAGGAGAAGCUAGUGGAAGUGGACAAUCUGAAGGCCUUGCAGAUGAGGAAAGUGAACCAGUGAUAGCAAGGUGUGGGAGGUAUAUCAGUCUAGAGAUGGGGAGAAGCAAAGAACCAACUUUAGAGGCUUGGGUUGAACCGAUCAUGGGAAACAACUCUUUGAAGAGGUUGAAGAAUAAGAAGUCAAAGAGUGGAAGCUACAAGAGCGUGUGUAGCAGUGUGAUUUGCAUUAAUGGGGUUUCUGGGAUUGGAAAGUCAGAGCUGGCACUAGAAUUUGCUCAUAGAUACCACCAGAGGUACAAAAUGGUUUUGUGGGUUGGUGGUGAAGCCAGGUAUCUGAGGCAGAACUUAUUGAACUUGUCUCUCAAUUUGGGACUGGAUGUUGGUGCCGAUUCUGAAAUGGAAAGGGGUAGGAUUCGUAGCUUUGAGGAUCAAGAAUUUGAGGCAUUCAAGAGAGUGAAGAGGGAACUGUUUGGUGAGACUCCUUACUUGCUGAUAAUUGACAAUCUUGAGACAGAAGUGGAAUGGUGGGAAGGGAAGGAUCUGUAUGACUUGAUACCAAGAAACACAGGAGGAACACACGUGAUUGUUACUACAAGAUUGUCCAAAGUAAUGAGCUAUGAUACAAUUCAGCUUCCACCUUUGCCAUUAUCUGAUGCAAUGAUUCUGAUGAUAGGAAGAAAGAGGAAAGAGUAUUCGGCAGAUGAGAUAGACCUGCUUGAAAAAAUCAAUGAGAAACUUGGAAGGUUGAGCAUUGGUUUGUGGUUGAUUGGUUCACUGUUGUCUGAACUUUCAAUAGGCCCUUCUUGUCUCUAUGAGGCCAUUAACCAGGUGCCACUCGAUGAAGAUUCAAACUCUUGCUACAUGAGCAUUGCAGAAGGGCAAUGGUGCAAGAGCAACCCUUUUCUCAUGAAGACCCUUCUCUUUUGUUUGGAAACUUUGGAGAAAACUAAAGCUAAAGGGAACCUUUUGGCCAUAAGAAUGCUGCUUGUAAGUGGCUGGUUUUCCCCCUCUCCCAUUUCAUCCAGUUUAUUAGCCAAUGCAGCAAAGAGCAUUCCUACAGUGGAAAGCCGUCUCAAGAAGUGGACCAAAUCUCUGAGCCUAACAACAAGUUGUUUAUCACCACGGACCUGGAAAAAUGAAGAAGAAUCAGCAAUGCUUCUUGUGAAAAUGGGACUAGCUAGAAGGGCUAAUCAACAUGAUGGAUGUUGGCUUCAUUUCCACCCCAUAACACAAGCAUUUGCCAAAAGAAAAGGUGGUUUGCAAUAUGCCAAGGCUGCAAUUCAAGGAGUGAGGAAAAUGGGAAGCCAAGUUAACUCAGAUCAUUUAUGGGCCUCAGCUUUCCUUGUUUUUGGGUUCAAAUCUGAGCCUCCCCUGGUGCAGCUGAAGGCAAUUGACAUGGUUUUGUACAUCAAGAGAACAGCUCUUCCUCUAGCAAUUCAAGCCUUCACCAUUUUCUCAAGAUGCAACUCAUCCUUGGAGCUCUUGAGGGUGUGCACCAAUGCUCUUGAGGAAGUUGAGAAGUCUUUUGUGUCUCAAAUCCAAGAUUGGUCUUCCCAUGGUUCAGUUUGUUGGAAAAGGAGGCUGCAAAGAGGCCAAAAAGUAGAUGAAUAUGUAUGGCAGGAUGUGACCUUGUUGAAGGCAACACUGCUGGAGACAAGAGCAAAGUUGCUAGCAAGAGGGGGCCAUCUAGACAGUGCCAAGGAACUAUGCAGAACAUGCAUCAGUAUCAGAACUGUGAUGCUUGGCCAUAACCAUGCACAGACCUUGGCUGCUCAAGACACAUUGGCAAGGUUGGUCAGAAUGAGGAGCAAGAUAUGAUGAUGAGAGUAUGUUUGUUGUGUCAUCACUUUUACUGUUAAAAACUUCAUACAAACAACACCUUCAGUGAAGUUGUGUAAAUGUUACUGUGGCAAUAAGCAUUACUGUGUAUGAAUGUACUACUAAUAUUCCUUCUCUGCCUCAAAAAACAACCAUUACUGUGCCAAAAUUGUUGCUCUUUGUUAGAGGCAUUUACUGUAAUGUUGGAGAAAACUACAGUGCCAAUGGAAAAUCUAAUAGUUCUUUUGAA